AUGGGUCGGCCGGAGCAUGGGCACGAAUUACAGAUCUACUUGACUACUACGGAGGGGGCCAUUAGCGCGGCCUUAGUACAGGAGGCUCCUCAUUUCAAGCUGGUGUACUUUGUUAGUAGAAGUUUGAAAGAGGCAGAGUUGAGAUACCAACAGUUGGAAAAAGUGGUCCUGUCCCUAAUUUACGCUGCUCGGCGGUUACGACCAUACUUCCAAGGGUUUCAAGUUGUGGUACGAACGGAUUACCCGAUAGCCAAGAUCUUACGAAAACCAGAUUUGGCAGGACGGAUGAUAGGAUGGUCGGUAGAAUUAUCGGAGUUUGGGUUGAAGUACGAGCCGAGGGGGUCGGUGCGGGGCCAACAUCUAGCAGAUUUUGCGGUUGAUCUACCCCCUGAGGGGGAUGAAUUCUAUUGGAAACUCUCGGUGGAUGGGUCGUCUAACCGAAGGGGGGGAGGAGCAGGGGUGGUCCUAGAGGGAUCGAACGGGAUACUGAUCGAGCAAUCGUUGGUGUUUCAGUUCAAGGUUAGCAACAACCAGGCCGAGUAUGAGGCCCUUUUGGCUAGGAUGGAGUUGGCAAGGGAUCUAGGAGUAAGUUGGCUGGAGUGUCAAACGGAUUCCCAGCUGGUCGAGGGGCAGAUGAAUGGGAUCUUCCAGGUGAAGGAUGAUCAUCUGUUGCAAUACUUCCACAAGGCCAAGCAACUGGCCACAUAUUUCAAAAGGUUUACGUUGCGACAUGUUCCCCGAUCGGAAAACGGCCGUGCCGACACACUGUUCAAGCUGGCCGGAGGAGUCGCGAAAGGGGGGUUAUCUACGGUGAUUAGACAGAUGGUAACCAAGCCGACGGUGGAAUGUUGCACCAUUAAUACCGGGGGAGCACAAAGUACCUGGAAGGACGAGAUAGUACAGUUGGUUCGGAGGCAGGAUGACGGGGGGGUCUUAAGUGCCGAGGAGGCCAAGAAGAUCGCUCGGUAUUGCUUGAUAGGUGAUGAGUUGUACCGAAGGGGUUACGUUACUCCGCUAUUGAAGUGUUUGCUGGAAAACGAAGCGGAGUACGUAAUGAGAGAGCUACAUGAAGGGGCGUGCGGGAGACAUACAGGGGGACGAACUCUACGGGCAAGAGUACUAAGAGCAGGGUUCUUCUGGCCGACGUUAGAGAAAGAUUGCAUGACAUUCGUCCGGAAAUGUGGAGCUUGCCAGAAACAUGGGAACGUUUUCCAUGGCCCAGCAGUGGAGUUGCAAGGAAUAAUGUCCCCUUGGCCGUUCGCCCAGUGGGGAAUGGACAUCGUCGGACCAUUGCCGACCGGGCGGUCUCAGAUGAGGUUUCUGCUAGUGGCAGUGGAUUAUUUCACGAAAUGGGUAGAGGCUGAACCUUUGUCAAAAAUCUCGGCCGCCCAAGUUCAGAAAUUUGUAUGGAAGAUUAUUUGUCGAUUUGGGCUGCCCAAAAUGCUUAUUACGGACAACGGUCGGCAGUUUAUAGAUAAGAAGUUGGAAGCUUUCUAUCGGGAGUGGGGAAUACCUAAUGUCACGAGUUCGGUUGAGCACCCUCAGACGAAUGGGCAGGCGGAGGCGAUAAAUAAAAUAAUCAUUCAGGAAUUGAAAAGGAGGUUAGGCGAAGCAAAGGGGGCCUGGGUUGAUGAACUACCGUCAGUCCUGUGGGGGUAUCGUUGUUCGCCCCACGGGGCAACGGGAGAGUCCCCAUUUAACCUGACCUACGGGACGGACGCGAUGGUGCCGGUCGAGGUGGGCGAGGAAACACUGAGAAGGAAGGGGAACGACCUAGCUGCAAAUGAAGAAGGUCUAAGGGGAAACCUGGAUGUAUUGCAAGAGAGAAGAGAAACUGCAGCGGUCCGGGCAAAGGCACUAAAGAGGUUGGUUGUGCGGAGGUACAACACUAAGGUACGGCCGAGACAUUUGGUCGAGGGUGAUCUCGUUUGGAGGAAGGUCGGGGAGGCUCGGAGGGAGAAGGCUCACGGGAAGCUGGCGGCCAGCUGGGAGGGGCCAUACAGAAUACGUGAAGGCUUGAAUAAUGGGGCCUACCGACUGGAACAUCUGGAUGGAAAGGCAAUUCCAAAUACAUGGAAUAUAUCUCACUUGAAGUUGUAUUUUAGUUAA